AUGUCUCUUGGAACUACUGCUGAAAUAAUGAGAACAUUUUAUGUUGUUGGGUGGGCUCUGCUUAUUAUCUAUUUGUUGUCAAGAGUAUCAGUUUGUCAUGGUGCUGCAACAGGUUGCUCAGAAUCUGAUAGGAAAGCUCUGAUCGACUUCAGAAGUGGUAUUGUCGAUCCUGAAGGUCGACUCCAUUCAUGGCAAGGGAGUGAGUGCUGUCAAUGGAGCGGUGUCAGGUGCGACAACAAAACUGGAGCUGGUAAACUGCCAAACCCACUUAACCUCAUCCAUGGUGUGGGUGUUGAUUUCAGCUCCAACCUAUUGGAAGGACCCAUACCUCUUCCAGCAGUGGAGAUUGUGUCACUGGAUCUCUCUAAUAAUCGAUUCUCUGGAUCUAUCCCCCCAGACAUUGGCUUUGUAGUUCCCAACUUGAUUUUUCUUUCUCUUUCAAAUAACCAUCUAACAGGCAAUAUCCCAACCUCUAUAGGAAACAUGUUGCUGCUAGAGGUCCUUAGUCUUUCGGGAAACAAUUUAACAGGAAACCUCCCUGCAAGCUUAGGGAAUUGUUCUAGUCUAAAUGCCCUAGACCUUAGAGACAAUCAUUUAUCAGGGUCAAUCCCUUUGUCAUGGGGCCAAUUGUUGAUGCUUCAGUCUUUGCACCUUGGUGGUAAUGGGAUAUCAGGGGAGCUCCCUUCAUCCCUACAAAACUGCUCUAGCUUGGAGACGCUGGAUCUCGGAAACAACAAAUUGUUGGGUAAAAUUCCAUAUUGGAUCGGAGAAAGUCUAUUUGCUCUUAGAAUUCUUCGGCUGAGGUCAAAUGCAUUUUCUGGUAGAAUUCCAUCCCAACUUUCCAAUAUGAGCUCCCUACAAGUGUUGGAUCUUGCAGAUAACAAUUUGGUUGGCAGCAUUCCUUCUAGCUUAGGGAAUCUUAAAGCAAUGGCCAAUGUACAAGAGGAAAACCAGUAUUUGCUGUACGGAGGCGUCGGAGGCAUUGUCAUAUACUACGAGGAGAGCUUGGAUUUGUCCAUGAAAGGCUUGCUCCUUACAUACAGCAAAACUCUUUCUCUUGUAACCUGCAUUGACCUGUCUGAAAAUAAUUUAUAUGGAGACUUCCCUGAAUCAAUAACAAAUCUAUCAGGGUUGAUGGUUUUGAACUUGUCAAGAAACCAUUUCACUGGAAAAAUUCCUGAAACAAUUGCGAGCUUGCAUGAAUUGUCAUCUCUUGAUGUCUCAAACAAUCAGCUCUCUGGUUCCAUUCCUUCUAUCAUGUCGACCAUGGCUUCCUUGAGUUAUCUCAACUUGUCAAACAACAACUUAUCAGGCUCAAUUCCAUUCAAGGGGCAGUUGACAACUUUUGACAUGUACUCAUACACUGGAAAUCCAGGUCUAUGUGGUGAUCCACUUCCUGUAAAAUGUGAUGAAGGUGAGGAUUCAAAUAAACAAACAACUGUUGAGAGGAAUGGGGGCAAUAUAGUCAACAGCAACUGGUUUUACUCUGGUAUUGGUACAGGUUUUGCAGCAGGUCUUCUGGUACCCUUUCUUGUUUUAGCCAUGAAAAGGUCAUGGAGCAACUCCUACUUCAGCCUUGUUGAUAAAAUUGUGUAUAGAAUCUGGGAUAAGUGA